UGCUGUAAGGAUCUCAAACGGACCGCCCGCACGCGCAACGAACCCUCGGCCCGGAGGAAUAUUGAAUAGCUAUUAUCAGUACGGGAAUGCGAGUCUGACAUCCUAACUUAAACGCAAGAUUGCUGAGUGGAAUAUUUGAGGGUCUGCAGACAACAGAAGUGUGUAGUGUGUGUCCAUUGAAAAGACCGCUUCCCCUCUGCUGAUAAUGAAGCACCAUUUCCACAUGAGGAGGCAUUGACUCCGGCGCAACCCUGUCGCGCCCACAGCGCCCCCUCUCGGCCCGGACGGCCCACCAUGCCCCGGCCAUGAAGGGCUACCAGGUGAGUCGCAGUUUGUCGCAACACUCCUCUGGGCCUUGCUACUGCAUGCCUGAGGACUGUGACACUGCACGGGACUAUAUGCACCACCCCGACCACUACCAGGGGCACAAUGACCACCCCUACUACCCGCCUGGUGGCCCCCCUGAACCAUUGGCCAUGGUCCCAUCUGGUGGAGGCACUUUCCCUCGGUCACACCCCAGUCAGCCACAACCCUAUGACUCCACCUGUGAAGAGUGUGUAUCCUCUGCAGGGCAUGGGCAUAGUCAUGGGGCAAAGAUGCACCGUAUCCCACCAAACCUUCUAGAUCAUUUCGAGAAACAGUUGCCCUUUCAUCCAGAUGGCUUCCACACCCUGCAGUACCAACGCACAGCCAGUGGGGAACAACGCAGUGAGAGUCCGAGUCGUAUAAGGCAUCUGGUGAACUCUGUCCAGCGUCUCUUUGCCAAGUCACAUUCCCUAGAGGCGCCUUCUAAACGAGAGUUUAAUGGAGCCCGUGGGGGAGAGUACCGGGACAGAGAUAAAGGGCACCGCAGUGGUGGCGAGGAAAGCAGUGGACAUCAUUAUUCAGGAACGCACCAGUCUCGUUCAGCCCGUCGGAACAAAAGCCGAGAACGAAGCAAGAGUGGAGACUCCCGCCACGAGUCUCGAAGCUCCCGCCACCGGAGCAAAACAGCUGGAUGGUGGAGUUCUGAUGACAACCUGGACAGUGACAGCAGCUUUCUGGUCGGUGCAGGUAGAAGCGGACGUGGAUAUCCCACCGGGCAUGAGACCCUGGAUGCUGCCAUCCAGGAGCUUACCUUGAGGAAAUCUAAGGGGCCACCUCCAGGAGAGUGCCUGGCUUGCACCAACAUAGCCAUGGCAGGAGACAGUGGACACUCUCUUAAAAGGAGCACGUGGUCGGCCAUGACAGUCAGUCAGGCUAGAGAGGUCUAUCCAUCUUCCCGUGGAGGCGGAGGUGGAGGUGCAUAUGAAAAGGCAUUGGUUCCUCUAGAACCCAAAAUGAAGGAACGAUCACUCCACUAUCUGCAGGUUCCCUCAGAUGACUGGUGCGGUGGUGGGCCAUCUGACAGUGCUGGGGAGAUCCCUUGCAGACGGAUGCGCAGUGGCAGCUAUAUCAAGGCUAUGGGGGACGACGACAGCGCUGACUCAGACACCAGCCCCAAAGCCUCACCCAAAUCAGCCCUUAUUGCCCAGAGAGAAGCCUUCCGCCGCUCCGUCAGCAUGGACCAGCGCUCUUCCACUGCAUCUAAGUACUCAUGUAAACAGUGUACAGACAUCUACCCAAACAGUCGAACCACACCUAAAGGCCAUGCUCGCUCCCGUAGCGCCACACGCUCUCUGACCAGUGCUCAGCUGAGUGACAGUCUGAAUCUGUUUGGAGAAAUGGAAUCACAGGCUGUCGAGGCACUGGACCUACCCGGAUGCUUCCGCACCCGCAGUCACAGCUACGUACGGGCUAUCCAAGCUGGCUGCUCCCAGGACGAUGACUGCCUGUCUGUCUUUUCCAUGUCAGGCCCACAGGGGAACGUGAAGGGCGAAGCAGUGUUCCCAUUCAGGAAAGGACCCCCUCCUCUUCCCCCUCGCAUGUCCAAGCCAAUGAUCUCUGUGACCGCUCAGAGCAGCACUGAGUCCACUCAGGACGCUUACUUCCAGAGUACAGGACAGCCCGCACUGGUCCGGCCCAGACAGCACAGCAACUCAGUGGACCUGACUGAGAGCAGUGGGGGCCGUAGCUCCAGAGGUGGGCACUAUCUUGGCGGGGGCACUGUGCGUGUCAGGCAGAGUAGCAACUCCGUGGAGAGUCUGAACGGCAGGGCCCUUCAGAGCAUCGCCUAUCCUGGUGGCCCUGGUCCACUGAAACCGAAACACAGCAGCUCAGCUGAUAACCUUCUAGAGGGGCCCAGGGGAUCUAGGGACCGAGCUGGAGGCAGUCUGGGAAAAUCAGCCUCUCUGCCCCAGAACAGUAUGUCCCUAGCUAAAGCUCUGACUGGAGGAGAGGAGUUCAAACAGGAAGGACGAGGGAGGAAGUGGAGACCCUCUAUUGCAGUGCAGGUGGACAGCUCAGAGACAUUGUCUGACUCAGACCCAGAAGGCAAAGCACUGAGAGAGGUGCACUCCAUAGGGGUUCAGGUGGAGGAUGACAAAAGACGAGCCCGUUUUAAACGCUCCAACAGUGUGACAGCGAGUGUCCAGGCUGAUCUUGAGCCAGAGGGUUUUGGUGGGCUGACAGUCCCCACACAAGACAAGGGCCUGCAGUUUGGCUGCUCAUUCCAGCGCCACUCAUCUGAACCAGAAUCAGCCGGUCAGUUUACAGAGUAUCGUACAGUGCACACACAGGGCCAGUGGGCCUACCGUGAGGAUUACCAUAGUGGUUACACCAACGAGCCUGGCCCUCCGGAACUCAGGGCCUUGCACCGCUCCCACUCCCCUCUGCCCCUGGCCCCUGAGCGUGGAGUGGGAGGCUGGAGCGAGGGCCCGAGGAGCCUCCCUGAUUCAGGCCGAGCCUCGCCCUGCUUACGAGAUGGAGAGUUCUUCCUUCGGCUCCUGCACACAGAAGUGGAGAGGAUGGAGGGAUGGUGCCAGAACAUGGAAAGAGAAGCAGAGACGAAUGAACUGCCAGAAGAGGUGUUGGAGCUCAUCAGAGGAGCUGUCGGCAGUGCUCAGAUGCUCAUGUCACAAAGAGUCCAGCAGUUCUUCAGGAUGUGCCAACAGAGUGUGGAUCCUUCAUCAUAUCCUCAGCCCAGCACUCAGGAUCUGGCCAGUUAUUGGGACCUCCUCCAGCUAGCCAUCGAGGACAUCAGGGUGAAGUUUCAGGACCUCCAGCGGCUGAAGGACUCGGGCUGGAGAUUACCUCCUGAGAAGAAGGAGGACAAGAAGGUUCCACCACCAUUACCAAAGAAGCCAGCCGGUGGCGUGACGGGCAGCUUGCGUGCCGACAGCACAACCGAGGCCGGAGGCAUGCUUGUGGUCUCACGAGGACGCAGCGUUCCCGAACGGGAGAAAUCGCUGGAUGUGGGCGACCGGCAAAAGCUGGAGACACGGCGCAGGCUGCUCCAGACCAAACGCUCAGCAUCUUUCCGUCAGAAUUCUGCCACGGAGAGCGCUGACAGCAUCGAGAUCUACAUCACAGAGGCUCAGACGAGACUCUGAGUCACUGGGACCCCCUUAAACAACUACUAUGGCUCUUCUCCGGCCCUCUGCACAGACGUCCAUGUUACAAAGCAGCCAGAGAGCGAGUGCAAUUACUCACUAUAGUGUGAUGGAGAAUUUGAGGUGGCUUACUAGUAUGCUGCUGGUGUUUGGAUGUGAGUGUACACAUUUUAUUUUCAAGUGUUAUUUAUUCUAAGAAAAAAAGGGCUCAACCAGCACAACCAAGUGUUCCAAGAUUGAGACUUGUGCAAGUACACAAAAUAUAUAAAAAUAUUAGGACUGUUUUAAUGAAACACGCCAACACAUACGGGUGCAAUAUCAUAUAUAAAGAGGAUCUUAUCUUGUUAUUUUAAAUAAUAGACCUUGUUUUGAUAUAUUCUAGGCUGUGUAUGUUUCUUAACUGAUCCCACAGUGUGGCGGACGUAGCCCCUUUCACUGUGACACAAGCGCACUCUUGUGGUCAGAGUAGAGCAAUGCACCCUGAUGUAAAUUUGGGCCUGAAACUGAAUGUCUUAGCAGUGCAGUAAUAAAACUCCUGAAAGCAACUUUUGCAGUAUAGAUAAAUGCCUUUUUGAAGCCAGUUAUCAAAUUACCACAGGGAUUCAUCUCCCGUAUAGUGCAAUAUCACUUUGCAUUUGCAGUCAGGCUUCUCUCAUCAGUCCAGUGUGAAGACAAAUGUCUUAAAAAAAAAUUAGAGAGAAAAAAAAAAACACAACAGAAACACUCAAGCUCUGAGGCACCAGCCACGCUUCCUGAAAUAGGACAGUCUACAUCAUAAGACUCUUCAGAAACAGGGGUGCAGAAGACAAUCUUAAAUUUUACACGUGACCUGCACACUGAAAAAUGAUCAUUCAGAGAGUAGGGGAAGCAUCUUGUUCAUUUCACCCCUCCCCCUUUUAACAGAUGAAAACCCUCUAACAUGAAAUCAAUGUCAUGUGCCUGAGUGUUUUAUUUAUUGCAGUUGUUUUUUCCUCUCUUUUUUCUUUCUUUCUUUUUUUUAUUUUUUUUUAUUUUUUUGCAGAAAUUAAGAAAUUAAUGAAUUCUUCUGGUUCUAGUUCUAUUUUCUCGCUUAAAUAUAUUAUGUUACUUCUUUAAAUUUAUCUGAGGUGCAAAAUAAUAUGUGACCAUGGACCAUAAAACCAAUCUUAUGUGUCAAUUUGUUAAGAGACUGAAUAAAUAAGCUUUCCAUUGAUGUAUGGUUUAUUAGGAUUGGGUAAUAUUUGUCUGUGAUAGAACUAUUUGAAAAUCAGGAAUUUGAGGGUGCAAAAAAAUCUAAAUACUGAAAAAUCUGACUUUUGUAGUUGUCUAAAUGAAUUCUUAGCUAUGCAUAUUACUAAUCAAAAAUUAAGUUUUGAUAUAUUUACGGUAGGAUAUUUACUAAAUAUCUUCAUGGAACAUGACCUUUAUUUAAAUUCUAAUGAUUUUUGGCAUAAAAGAAAAAUCUAUUAUUUUGUCCCAUACAAUGUUUUAUUUUUGGCUAUUGCUAAAAAUAUACCCCAGCGACUUAAGACUGGUUUUGUGGUCCAGGGUAACAUAUACUUCAGAUCCUUUUAUAGAACAAAAUAAUCUGUGUCCACUUCACAUCAAAUGUUAAUUUGUGGAUUAUGAAAAAAAAAAUUGCUGUGUUAGUUUAUGUGGUGAAGUUUUGUGUUUAUUAUGUGUUGAUUAUGUGUGCAUUCAACUUCUCAAAUGGGUAAAAGCAAACUGGAAACAAGAUCAGACAGUAAUUCUUGCAAAUUCCAUCGAUUACUUUCCUUUUUUUUAUGAAAAAAAUGUUGAUUGCAUGAACGAUCUGAACUUUUUUUUUAUUUAACUAUGGACAAGGUAAUGGAAUAAUGGAAAUAUUUUAUUUGGGAGAUGUAUAUUUUAUAAAGUAAAUUUUUAGAUUAGCAGAUAAACAUAUGUUGUCAAAAGUUAUGUUAAAAUAUGUUAUAAAAGUGUCUACGAAUUUACAAAGUAGGGAUGUGACAGCUCUGUGGACUUUAAAGAAGUGGGCGACUCACCGCUACAAACUUCAGCAGAAUCGUGUUGUUUUCCUCUUAUUUCUUUUGUCAACGUCGAAACAGACUGGCUGAAGACUUUUGACAAAAGCAGAAUAGAUGCUUGACAGCUACUUGCCAUGUUGUCCAUGGGCAAAAAAUAUAAUCUGUUUUCUAUGUCUUGACUAUCUACACAUGCCUAACAGCACUAUGUGUGGCUUUUUUUUUUUUAAAUCUAACUAUUUAGUAUUAUAUUCAAUACGAAAUAUAUAACUCACACAAUAUGUAUUGCUCUGAUAAUUAGAUUUGUUACACCUGAUCCAGCUAAUAACCACCUCACACUGGAUGUUUAUAUGUAACCUGCAUGCUUUUAUUAAUCCAUGAAAAUACUGAACAAACUCUAUCGAAACUGUAGCUCUUUAUUGUAGUCUGGAAAAAAGGGCAGGGGUAUUUAUCAAAUUAUUUAUAAUAACUACACCUACAUUUCUGUAUCUAAACUUGUUUGAUUUUAUUUUUUUUUAUCAAUUAAUUCCAACAUUUUUUUACGACAUUUGUACUUUUUUAUUUACCAUCAUCUCUUUUUAUUUCUGUAUUUAUUUAUAUAUUAUUCAUUUAUUUAUUUUACGAAUAUUUUAUGGAUAAAAUAUCCAUCAUUUUAUGAACGCAUAUUUGUUUAAGCUUUAAAACGGUUGUCAACUUACAAUUUUUUUUUUUUUUUUGGACGCAGCAAGUCUAAGAUGACAGAAAAGCACAACAGACUAUUUCCUCUUCCACUGUGAAGGACUUCCUGCCUUCUCAAAACACUGAAAGACUAUGUACAUGCCGUUGGGGUUUCCAGUGCGAGAAAUAGGAUGAUCUCUUAUCAGGGCCAUAUGUUUUUGAUAUACCAACAAAACUUCAUUUCAAGCAAGACUGACCACACUUUCCCCUUUGCAAGUUGUUAGCCUUCUCAGGCACUGACAGGAAUCAGUCUGACUCUCAAAUGGACCGCUCAGAAAGACUAUUUUGAUGGCCUUUCUAUUCUAACCAACGUUUUCUAAUGUAAACUGAUAGAUGGAACCUAGUCAAAUACAAUAUUUAAUGGCUGUGUCACUCGCUACAUCAAGUCAAGCUUCCUAUGUCAACCUGAUGGUAUGCUGGUUGUUGGUUCUUGAGACAUCUGGUGUCUUAAUAGGUCAGAAUGGAUGGCUGAAACUCUGCCAUUGCUCCUUUAAGCUGAAAAAUGAGUCUAAAAAGUGUUGGUGAAGCCUCUGUAUAUGCUGUAACCCGAUUUAGCUAGAGUAAGUGAUGAAUAUUUCUUCGUAGCACAGAGGAGCUUGUAGCAGUGUGACGUAGACGUUACAUUGGAUUCUAUAACGCAUUACAGAUCGCUGAAAAUUACAUGGGUCAUAGACUUACAAACAAUUACUGUGUAAUUACAAAUACCUUCUCACGUUCCGUUGUAUUAUGUACAGUAAAUAUAUCUGUUGCAAUUGAAGUUGUUAUUAUUAAUAUUCAAUGGAUUGUUGAUGAUUAUUGGUAUUAUUAAUAAUUUCAUAUAAUGAAAAAUGUUAUUGCAAUUAUGACUAUGAGAAAAUCUAUUCUGUAUUCUCCAGGGUGUUCAUGUGUAAAGAGCCACCCGAUUUAGAUUUUAUUCUACUGUUUGUAAUUGCUGCUAAUGUAGAAAAUAGCCCUGUGGGAGAUAAGACAAACUGGAAAAUAACAGCUAAUGUUAGGCCUGUCUCUUCUAGCAGUUGUGUGCAAGAUUACAGAAAAUGUCAAAUGAACAUGUAGAUCUGAAGAAUGAGUAUUCCCCUUUCUUAACGGAAAAAAAGAAAAAAAUAUCUAUAAAUGUUUGGCCAGUUUGUGAUGUAGCAAAACAAUUCUGUUCUUUUUUUAAUUGUUCAUUAAGUUGCUCAUUAUAAGAACAUUGUGGAAAAAUUUAUUAUUAAUGUUAUCACUAUUUAUGGUUGUUCACUUUUUUUUAUCAUAUAUUUGUUUAAUACAGUGCCAAGGUAAAAUAACUUUAUUUUGUAUCUUUGCUUUUUACAUUGUUUUACCAAACUGCAAUAGCUUACAACUUCACCUUUUUCAUUAUUUCUAGAUUUGAAAUAAAUUUGAAUUUCUUAUCAUGUGUUGUGGCUAAAGGGUGAAGGCCUUAUGAUGAACCAUGGCACAGCAGAAGUAAAAUACAUGGAUUAAGGUUAUUUAUUUAAUUAUUAUUUUUUUUUUUUUUGGUCACCGAGAUGUACAGCUAGUGUCUACUAUUGAAUCAGAGAUGGCACACUGUGAUGUGGUAAACCUAAACACAGAAUGUUAUAUUGUCAACGGUUGUAAACAUUUUUAAAUUACUAUAAAGCUAUUUUAGCAAGGUAAAAUAACUGCUGUCCACUUAGUGUCCUCUUAUUUUCCUUAUGACAUUUCACAAGAAUG